AUGAAAUUGAUGAAAGAAACAAUUUUGACAUUGCAACAGGAGCUUGAGGAUCAGAAGAAGAAAGUGAAGGAAUUGGAAAUGGGUCAAAAAGAUUCAACUGGAUUGGAGAAAAAUACUGAGAAUUCUGCUGAAGUUAAAGAACGUAACCGGUCUAUAGUUGUGUCAAACAUUCCCGAAUAUGUGAUCGUGAAAAUGACCAAAGAGGAGGUGGCGUGUGCUCGCUUAUAA